CGGUUCCUUCUCAAACCUAGACUCAUUGCAAAAGGUGAUUCGUCUGUGUUUUUGGCCAUAUAUUCGCAACUGUUAACGUGGCCGCAUUGCUAGCAAGAGAUUCAAGCGAAGUCGGCCAUGGCAUCUAACUCGUUCAAAACCCCCAAGGAGAAACGUAGAAAGAACAACUUUGUUAAUCUCUUCAACGAUCAAAAUAGCAAAACCCCGCACGCAUCAGAGGCUAGGACUCUCUGGUAUGUUGCAUAGUCGCUCCCCACAGAAAUUCGGCUCAAAUUGAAGAAAUUCGUUAAAAGGGUCUUCAUUUUUUAUUUUGUUUUGAGUUUUGGGGAUAUGGGUUUUUGGAGUUUGAAUCAAACAGUUUGGUAGUGAUAGCGAGGAGGUGGAGAAAGAGAAUCAGAGAAAGAUGAGAGGAGGGGCUGAAAGGAGGUUGUGUGAGGAAUUUUCACCUGGGUAUUAUGGUCUUUGUACUGUUGGAGGAAUGCUCAGUGCUGGGACUACCCAUCUUGCUAUCACGCCCCUCGAUGUCUUGAAAGUUAAUAUGCAGGUGAAUCCGAUAAAGUAUAAUCGUAUUUCUUCAGGGUUCUCAACCCUUUGGAGAGAACAAGGCCCUUCUUCGCUUUGGAGAGGUUGGUCUGGAAAAUUUUUUGGAUAUGGCAUUCAAGGCGGCUGCAAAUUUGGUCUCUAUGAAUACUUUAAGAAGCUUUACUCUGAUGUGUUGGUAGAUCGUAACAAGAGUUUCAUAUUCUUUCUCAGCAGUGCAUCUGCUCAAGUAUUUGCUGAUGUAGCUCUUUGUCCUUUCGAGGCUGUCAAAGUUCGUGUUCAAACACAGCCCAGUUUUGCAAAGGGCUUGGUUGAUGGGUUUCCAAAAGUCUAUAAAACUGAAGGACUUGCAGGCUUUUACAAGGGACUCUUACCACUAUGGGGUCGAAAUCUUCCAUUCUCUAUGAUAAUGUUUCCAACAUUUGAGCAUUCGGUGGACCUAUUAUAUCAGAAGAUUAUCCAACGUAGAAAGGAAGAUUGCUCGAGAGCCCAACAACUUGGAGUUACAUGUUUAGCGGGCUAUACAGCUGGAGCUGUUGGUACUGUCAUCUCGAACCCUGCUGACAACAUUGUUUCCUGUCUUUACAACAAACAGGCUCAAAAUGUGAUGCAGGCAGUGAAGAAAAUUGGAAUUGCUAAUCUGUUUACUAGAAGUCUUCCUGUUCGAAUUACACUUGUAGGCCCUGCUGUUACUUUACAAUGGUUUAUCUAUGACACCAUUAAAGUGCUAAGUGGACUGCCUGCAAGCGGAGGGCUUAAUAGGCGUAUGGAAGAAGCUAAUGCAUCAGCUUAAACUUAAUUGAAAAGAGAAGCAAAAGUUCUUUAGACUGCAAGGACUUCAUCACGGUUGCUGAAGAUAUAAGAAAUUUAUAGCCUUUCGAAAGAUAUACACAAGUUAGUGUCGACCACUACAAUUCUUUGUCUAUGGUUAUUCUAAUCUAAGAAUACGUUUGGUACGCGGAAUGAUUAUUCCAUUAGAAAAAAUGAAUAACUUUAUUAAGAAUGGAAUAAGUUUGUAUGAACUUGAAAUAGUCAUUCCCAUGGUCCAUGAGGGAAUGAGUAUUCCAAGGCUAUUCUAUUUUUCUAAUGGAAUAGCCAUUCCGCAUACCAAACGUAUCCUAAAUGUUAUACUACGGUUCAUAACUGGUCAAGGUGAUUCAUAAUUAUCCAAGCUAGGAGGGAUGGAUACAUACAAUUUUUAUCUGACUGUACGGCUGUACGUUAAGAAUGUAUGCUCAUUUUCAUUUGUAUCUGCUGUAAAUAGCCGACUGUUUUGAUUCUUGAAGGACAAUUCAAAUGAGACCUAAUUUUUCCAUGUAUCACUUCACUUGUCUUUGUAUCAAAUUUUUUGCCCAUGGUAGUGGUAA